AAAGAGUACCAGUUAAAGAGGUGGAGUCAUGUGAGGGCAUUUAUAGUGGGGUUUUAGUGUCUGUGUUUUCUAGUGCACAUGGGAUGGGAUGAGAGACUCCGUUCUGUUCUGCGGAAAGCAAGAACCAUGUGAGUCCAUGUGCCAUUCUAAAUAAGUAGACCACUACCAACAUUUUGCACACAAAUUCUUCACUCCUUUUUGUGCUAGCUACCUUGCUUCUCCCUUCGUUCUUGCUUCCUCUAGUAAUCAUAAUUCGACUUCCUUAAUAUCACUCCAAUUAUUUUGUUGCCUUCCCUAUAUCAAGUUACUGAGCCAAUAACUAGCUUCAUCAACUUGCUUCAAUUGUUCAUUUUACCUUCAUUCAGCUCUAGCAUAUAUAGCUGAUGACAAGAAAGCUUUCUUUUGUAUCUCUCAUUUACUUUCACCAUAUGCCCUAUUAUUAUUACUUUGCUUUGUCUUUGCCCCCUUUGUCCUUCAACUUCUUCCACUAACACCAACCAUCUUUCUUCAUCGACCCUCUUCUCUCUAAUCCCUUUUGCUAGUUACAUUCUUUUCUUCUUUUUCUUUAGAGGACAAAAAGGUCUUUCAAUUCUGAUUUCAUUACACUCGUUUCUCUUUCUCUGGGUGGCAGCAUUGUUGUCCAACUUCAUUCCUUGAUUAAAUAUAAUGGGAGGGCAAGUAGUUAAACGCAGACGUGUAUACUCCGUGGAAUCAAACCAAAUAGUGCAACCUAUAUUUACUAGGAAUUAUUUGAACCAUUUGGUUCCAGCGUUGGUGAAGAUAAAGGAAAAGGGUUCUAUAAAAGAAGAUAGCAGCAGCCAUUGUAAUGAUAAUAUUAACAAUGCUGUCAAGUAUGAAGUGGACAUGGCAAUGGUAUUGUCAGCACAAGGUUUUGCAUGGAGUAACGGCCUUAAAGUCAAGCUUCAAAGCGAUGACGUUCAUGUCAAUGCAGCUAAAAGCACUAGGUUUCUUGAAAAUAAGGCUAGUGAAGGUUCAUCGAAGAAUAAUGUUUAUGACAAAAAUGAAGUUGUCCCAAUGGAAUAUUUCUCUUCAAACCCUAGCUCAAGGUCUAAGUGCAAGGACAUGUCAGAAAUGAAAAGGGAUCUAGCCAGAGAAGAUGAUAAGGAAGCUGAGGACAUCAACAACCAGUGGAAGAGGCUGAGAAGGAUGAUACCUGGAGGAGAAGAGAUGUGUGAUGAUGAACAAAUGGUUUCAGAGCUUGAGAGUUACAUAAACUGUUUGCAAAUGCAGGUGAACGCUCUUCAGUUUCUACUGCCACACACGCGCUGAUUAAUUUGUAUGUCUUGUCCACAAAUUGAGCCAUAAACUAUGUUAAAUUUAAGAUAUAUUAGUUGUUGAAUGAAGAAGCUAUAUGCUAUAUUCAUUUUUCUGUUGUUUUUUUUAAUAUGGUUUUUGUCUAGAUAUAAUUAAUAUAAACAAAGGUUCUUUCUCUGA